GGUGUGGAAAGCGAAGCCUCCGUAGGAGGAAGUGCCACUCCCACGAAUCGGGGCGUGGAACGGGAACUUCUCGCCUCACUGCUCCAACCACUAGGCAUCAUUCCCUUCCGGACCUGGGAAGAGGUCCCGGGAGUUCUCUGCCUCUGAGAAGUCCCUGUUACCCUUCAAGACCACUGCGGUCCAUUUAGAAAUAUAUGAAAACGUAGAAAUAUAGGGAGGAAAGGAAGACCGGAGGGGGGGAAACCAGCAAUUCUGGGGUCGCAGCGAGCCAUGGGGACGGCCCCCGAGCCCCUGAACCCGCUGUGCCGAGCGUACCUCUACGCCUUCCACGGCUACCUCUUGGAAAUCCUAUUCACGGCCAUCAUCUCGGGCGAGGACUGGGCCUUCCGGGGGGCCACCACCUUGCUCUCUUUCUCCGCCUACGGGACCUGCGGCCUGGCUCUGGAGCGCGUCUACGUCUGGCUGCGGAACGACUGCUGCCUCCUCACCCGCUGCGUCCUCUACACCCUCUGCAUCUACCUGUGGCAGUUCUCGGCGGGCUACGCGCUCGGCUGUUUCGGAGCCUGCCCCUGGGACUUCAGCGGGUUCCGCUACAACUUCAUGGGUUUCGUGGCCCUAGAGCACAGCCUCAUCUGGUUCGUGGGCUCCCUCCUGCUGGAGAAGUGGGUCAUCGCCAACGUGCUGAGGAUCAGGCUGGACGAGCCCUGGAAAGCCAAGGCACGCCCCAUGCCCAAAUUUGCACUCAAGGACGACUGACCUCCGGCUGGUUUUGAGGAGGGGGAGAAAAGAGCCAGGGUCUGGUCUGGGUGGUGGGACUCCAUCUUCCUCCUCUUGGACCUAUAAUCC